AUGGAGUAUUUUCUUUCUAUAUUUCUUUGCUGGCGAGGGAUUGCCAAGUCUUGUUUGACAUUUUAUUAUUGUGCAGCGAAUUUCCAUCGUAUUCGAACUGCUUUCUCGUUUGGUGCUCGAAAGCUUGGUCAAAUUCUUAUGUUACCACCAGAACUUAUUCCUGAUGAUAUUUUCGCAUUUUUCAAAAACACCUUGGAGAGGAAUGAAAAUGGAGUAAGGUCAGAUAUUGACCAUGUUGGUGCAUUUCAUUGUCAGCCCUUCCUUGGUCCCAGCAAUCAACUCUUAGAUGGCAUGUCAUGCAUGCAGAUUUCUUACAAGGAGGAAGAGAAAAGUCGUCCUCGUGUUUCAAAGAAAUUAGCUGAGCACGCAGUAAGUGUCAGAAUAAACGUGCCUACGCAGGGUGGAUGUUUUUCAGGAGAUGACUCGUUUGCACCAAGUACUGAUCUGAGUGCAAGAUUAUCCCACUGUGUCCGUCAUGAACCGAAUGACCAUGCGUAUGUUUUUCACGAAAAUAGAAACUAUGUGGCCCCUGAGAUGGAUGGACAGGAAUCUCGCUAUGCAGCUGAAGCCUAUAUGGGUGACAAAUCACUGAUACAGCCACAGCAUCAUGCACACUAUUCGUCAAAUAUAUUGAGCUCUAUCCAUGGCAGUGAUUUAGGACUUCCAAAACCUGGUCCCACAAAAAUGGAAAAGUUAAUUGGAACUUCACUCCAUGUGGAAGAACAUCUCCAUCCACUGUCAUUGUUGAACUUGUCGGAUCUAUCAGGGGAUUUGGAAUCACAGUUGAGAUGCCUCCGUCAAGUUCAGUACAACUUAGAAUACUUGUUUGAUGAAUUUUCGCAGUCUGUCCAAGAAGCAUCUUCUGACGGUAAGGUUGACAAGGAUUUAUUUGACAUUCUAAAUCGUGGCAUCCUGUUAAGUACUGAUACGGCGCUACCUGGGCUAUUGCCGCCUUCAUAUGCUGAAACGAAUGGAAUGAAGUUAUCUCCAGUUUCUUCUCAUAGCACUGAAGUUUCACAGCAAUCACAGGAUGAGGACAACUGGGAUAUGCCCUUUCAGUUGAAUGCCUGUGGAAUAGAUGUCCCAUCUAAUGGAUUAUCGCCAUCUUAUAUUGCUGAUUCAGAUAUUUCUGUUUCGUGGUGGCAUAGAUCAGAGGCUAUACCCAAUAUGCGUGAAACAGUCGGAUAUAUUCGUGAAAAGCACAUGACAUCUAUCGGAGAGAAAGGGAAGAUCCUGAUCAAUCAACCAGUGAAGAUUAAAAGCAACCAGGCCACGAUUCCCAAACGAAGUUUUGUCCCUUGCCAGGAGCAAGUAGCGCCAGACAGUGGGACCAAGGAAAUAAGUCUGUCAUUGGGAAUUGGCGAUGGUCUAAAUGGAUAUACUCUCUUAGGUAUGAAGACGACUGAAAAGCACAGUGGUCAUACUCGAAAGGAAUUUGUCAAACCUCACUACGAAGCAAGGCACACACGGAGCUCCUAUGGGGAUGUCGGCUCGAACAAAACCUUCUUCCAGAAGCGAAAUUAUGAUACUGGCAUGAAGUGUGCACGACCAGUUAGUGCAAAAUACCAGCCACCUGAAGUUGAGGGUACUCCAGAUGAGUGCACAUACAUGAACAAUAACUUGGCAAGAAAUCAAAGCUGCAACACUCCUAAAGGGUAUGGGACAAAUCGAAGACUAGCCUCUGAGCCAUUAAAACUUCAAAGCAGCACAAGAGGAAGGGGUUUCUCGAAAAAGAACUUGCCUGCAAAACAAAAGUAUGAUAAUCACAGUGGGCUCCCAUAUUCUUUUGUGAGAGAUACAAAGCAUGCACCGAAUGGCCAAGUUGCGACCAUUCUAACUGGUUCGACAAAGGAGGUUGCCCUGAAUGAAGAAUUGGUUGAAAAUGGAACUAAACCAAUGCCAAAUGUUUUCAUUCCUCGUGAUAGCAGCUGGAAUAACCAACGGAUGCUUCUGGCACCUAGUACUUGUCACCCCUCCGUCCCUGUCACAAAAGUAUAUUCUCAAUCUGGAGCCUUGGAGACACAGCCAGAUAGGAUUAUUGAGUUUGGCUCUUUGGGGCCUUUCUCGUUGACAUCUCCCUCACCAAAGUCAAACAAGGCCUCGCCAAAGGCAUGUGCAGACGCCUCUGCAUUGGCGUUACAGAGCUAUAGAGCCAGUGCAACCCAAAGCAGGUCGUCAGGAUUUUACAGAAUAGGAGAUGAAGAGCAGUUCCCACCACUCCAUGCUAGGACCCGCUGA